AUGAAGAUAGAUUUGGAAAUUGCAGAUGUAUUCGGUAACAAACCCCAUCAUAUUGCGACAGACUACUGUCACUUGGGUUUCCUUAAGGAACUGGUUUCUCUCGACGUUAAUCCCGGAUAUCAAAAAGGUAAUUCGGAAACAGCUCUGCAUCUUGUUGCCAAAAACUUUCUUAAUCGUGGUGUAGAAUGUGCGACGUUUUUGGUCUCCGAAUGCAAACUUGAUGUACAUCAAAGAGAUAACAGGAACGGGCGCACACCAUUGCACUUUGCUUGCUUGCAGAGUAGAAAUCGUGAUCGAAUGGUUAGCACACUGAUCGAUUUAGGCGCAUACCCGAACAUCGCAGACGAUACAGGAGAAACACCGUUCACUCUCUACUUACAAAAUUACUUCUUAAGUAUUCUGCAGGAGUAUUUAAAUCAGAAGAGACCACUUGCUGAUGUCUAUGGUAUUAGUAACCUGGGUGGCUACAUUGACCAUCUCCAUGGUCUUAACAAAUCCGGUUAUUGA